AUGAGUCGCCUGGUGGCUCCGAAGCUGUUGAUACCUUCUUUGGGCCAAGGGGAACGUGGCUUUGGCUCGCCAGCUGAAUUCGAGUCUGCCCCUUCCGAGUCACGGCCAAGUUCCAACUUGGCUACUUCGCAAAACCGGCCUUUGCACCCACGGUGCGAUGCACACGCACCUCGCCCGAUAGCUUCCACACAGUCCUUCUCAUCAAGGUCAGAUUCCAAAGAUUCGUCUCUGCCCUUGCCAUUCUCGCAGCGUCCAGAUCCACUUCAUUCCGCCUGGAGUGCUGAGAGCGAAGUGGUCAGUCAAGCUGAUCCCAUAAGCCCAAGCAGCGCUCUAGGUGGAGCGAUCUCCACUUUUGGGGCUCCGGCAGAAUGGUGGCAUGAUUCCAUCAUCUUGGGCAGGCUCAGUGCUUUGGCUCUGCGAUACUUUGCUACAAAGGCGGUCAAGAAGCCGUGGAAAGCCUGGCUACGAUACCUCGAUGCUGUCCGCCACAAAGAAGAGGGCCGCUUGCGCAGCCAGCUGCAGCUUGCGCUGCGCUUGUGGAGAAGGCGCACGGUGUGGCAUGGACGACGUCUGGCGCCGAAGCGCCCUCUGCUGCUUGCCUUGCAGAGGAUUGCGCAGACACACUUAGCACCGGUUUGGGGGCGGUUGCGUCAGGCCGUCUUUGCGCAACGAGACGUGGAGCGCAGGCUUCGAGUGCUGCACCUGAUUCGCCGGAAGAUGAUGGAAACCAUGGCCCAGGUGCACUACUAUCAAUCGCUGUUGCGGCUCGGGCUUGCGGCACUCUGGCUGGCAGUCAAAACAAGGGACCCGUCGUCCAGCUCCGUUGCAUCAGCUCCAGCAGCGGUAUGCUCGAGCCGUCACACCCAUGUGCAGCAGGUUUUGAGCCGGGCUUGGCGCCGUUGGCACUUCGCGACCCACAUUUCGGAUGGAGCCAACCAGGAAUCCGAGUCCAUCCAGCAGGAAGAAAGAACUGCGCUGAUCGGCCAAGAUGGUACAGGCCAGCAGCAGGUCGUGAAGAGGGAUGCCGACAGCUCCGAUGAUGAUGCUCUGAGUACUUCUAGAAGGUGUCGCUUCACCACCGGGAUGCUCUUGCUCUGCGUUGCUGGUGCGAUUCUGAUCUUUUACCCGCAAGCUAUGGCUCAUCGACAUUUCUCGAAGACUCUGGUUGGCCUAGAGGAAUGGGAGCAAAUCCCGAAUAUUUCGGGUGUCAUCAAACGUGCAGAAGGUUUGGAUCCGGCCAAGACGACGCGGAAUUUGCGCGACCUUUUCACCCAGUAUGGACCAUACCAAGAUGGAGAGCUACCGUGGGUAAGAACGCAAUGUGUUGUUGAUGCCGUCCAAGCAUCGGCAUAUCUGGUGCAGGCGGUGGUUUUCUUGUAUCGAGCCAUAGACUACCAGGGUCUCGAAUGUCCAAAGAACACUCCUUCUGGAUGUGCUGUUAGUAUCGCGGGCUUUAUCGCCUCUCUAAGCUGGGUGGCAUCGUACAUCAGCUUGGCAGCAUCGUCCUGUGGGGACGCAGUGAACUCGGGUGCGCUUUGUGCUGCUGACUGGACUGCGCUGAUGGCGGAUUUUGCAGAAGUUGCCUCGAGUGGUGCAGCAGUCAAAAACGAUUGCAACUUUGGAGGGAAAAUCAGUGGAUUGCUCCUCCACAUCGAUCGCAAUCGCAAGACACAUCCAUAUUAUCACUGGGAGCAAUUCAUCCCACCUGGGGCUGGGCCAGCCGUCAUCAUGGCGCGCAAGCGACACGACAUGAAUCUAGAUGCAAAGAAUUCAAUUGGCAAAGUCUUCAACACCUGCACCAACUUCCGAAUUGACGGAGAGCUCGGCUACGAUGCAAAAUCGCCUGAGAGCCUGUCGAAGACACGGCUCGGGGUGUACCAGGAGCGAGAACUUGAGGCCUGGCUGACCGGAGAGUGCUCGACUCCUCGGUCCAUGAUCCUUGCUGAGGCCUUCGAGUCCGUACCUGUGGCCGAAACCGAAAAGCUGGUCUCAGCCACGGCCAUGUCGUCUCCUUCGCCAGACAUGGUCCGCCGGCACCCCUUCCUCGCAGAAGGAAGCAGUGGGCUUCAGGUGCAGGCUGAAGCAGAGCCACUGUUGCUGCAGGACGACCAGGCAAUGGAUGCGGGCAACGUCGGACGACAGGCUUGGCUUCAAAGAUCCCGCAAGCUGAGUACUGCGCAGAGGUCAAGACCGUUUUCGCAGGUUUCAGGAAAGAGCUCCAAAGGCAUAGACUUGGACAAGCUCCAGCGCCAUUCCAGCGAGGAUUCAGGCGCCGUUCUGGCUGCUCCCAGCCUGCCAGACAAGAGGCAACAGAGGACAGACUCCAACCAGUCAUCUGACGCCGAGGUUGACUUUAACAUUUGGGCGGAUGGCAGCCGACCGGCAAAGACCAGUGCGGCGCCCAUGGCUUUGGCAGGGCACGCAGGCCCCUCAUCAGCUUUCAGUGGAGAGCGUUCAGUGGCCGACAGAAGUGACAGUUAUUGGGCGAUUCGGCGGACCAUUUGCAGACCAUCGGCGCUCGGAUUGAGAAAGUCUCGAGUAGAGCAGCAUGCUACAUCCUUUCAUGGCAUGAUGCUGUCAUGGAACCAAGUGGUGUCUUCGAUGAUGCGUUGA